AUGUCUAUAAAAUUGAGCAUAUGUAUUCUACUGAGUUUCUCAGCUGGUUUUGGGAUGAUCAAGAAUUAUUAUCACCUAUAUGAUAUACCGAUGAAUCAUACAAAGACAUCUUUUAACCCAUUUUCUCCAACUACAAUUUUUCCCCUUAAUGACAGUGGCUUUGAAGAACUCCUUAAAUUAUUGAUACGUGAAUCAUUAGUCUGGCAUAUAUCAGGUGUGAUGAUUUUUGUUGAUACAAGUGGAGAAUCCUUAAGGAAAAUGCAAAAUUCUGGGUUUAUUCAAAUAAUAAAUAUUGCCUCAAAAGAUUUCACCUUGCUUUUCACAUGGGCUAAUUCUGUUGGAGGGCAAUCUGAAUUUACUGGUCAUCACUUCAACUCAAAGAUAAAGAGGCCUGAUGGCGUGCAUGGUGUGCUUCUACAUCACAAGACUGCAAAUGAGCAAUCUCUGCUCACAUUUGCAAUUGCAGCAGAAGAGACUGAAUAUGUUCAUAUCUCAGAAUGCUCUGUCUUUGUUAUAUCUAGUUCUCACAAAGGCAUCUCCGCGAAGGACAUGUGGCAUGAAGUUAAACAGGCUGUGUUGCCCCAUAUAAGCUAUCACUAUGCUCCAAGCAUUUUAUAA